GUGACACACAGGGAACGCGCAUCCCCAAACACACACACACAGAGGCAGCCUAAAGCAGAGAUGCGCGUCCCCGAGAGCGCGCCCCCGGACCCACACACAUCCACACACUGAGACACACAAACACACACACACACAGAGUCACACACAGGGAGAAAGCCGGAGUAGCCAAGAGCUGCCGCUGAAGUCUGGAGCCUAUUUUUUGCUUGCCUGCCUUCUUGAUCGCUGUCGCCUCCAAGCAAAGCGGGGAGUCUACCUAUUUUUGGAAACCUCUGCCUUGUUUUUUGUUUGUAAGAAACCGUUUUAUAGCUAUCCAUCUAUCUAUAGAUAGAUAUAUAGAUUGAUAUAGGUGUCUAUUUCUGAUCUGUGGGGGAAGCAAUCCCUUUCUGGCUUGGUCGACCCCUCUCCUGCGCUUUCCGACUUUCCGACAUCAGGCUUCGAAAUUACUUCGGGAUUUAAUUUUCUUUUCUCUCGAUUUUUGGACAGCAAGAAGAAGAGAAGGAAGAAAUCUGGGUCUGCUUCUCUUUCCCUCCUCGGUGGCUUUUCCUUUCCCCCUUUCCCUCCCCAGCCACAAUCCGGGCUGAUGUGCUGCGCGAGUGGUCGGCAAUGGAAGUGUUGAGGCUUUGGUUUUUCCCGUGGAUAUUUCAGUGCGUUUCGGUGGGAGCGGACUCCAUCAUCCACAUUGGUGCCAUCUUUGAAGGCAACGCGGCGAAGGACGACGAGAUCUUCAAGCAGGCGGUGGCCGACCUGAGCCUCAAUGAUGACAUCUUGCAGAGUGAAAAGAUCACUUACACCAUCAAACUCAUAGAAGCCAACAACCCCUUUCACGCCGUCCAGGAAGCCUGUGACCUGAUGACCCUUGGGAUAUUAGCCUUAGUGACCUCAACUGGUUGUGCCUCCGCCAACGCCCUGCAGUCCUUGACAGAUGCCAUGCACAUCCCCCACCUGUUUGUACAGCGCAACACGGGAGGUUCCCCACGGACAGCUUGCCACCUAAACCCUAGCUUGGAGGAAGAGGAAUACACAUUAGCAGCCAGACCACCUGUUCGCCUCAAUGAUGUGAUGCUGAAGCUAGUCACUGAACUGCGCUGGCAAAAAUUUAUAGUAUUCUAUGACAGCGAUUACGAUAUUCGUGGUCUGCAAGGAUUUCUGGACCAGGCUUCAAAACUAGGACUUGAUGUAUCUUUACAAAAAGUGGACAGAAACAUCAGCAGGGUUUUUGCCAGCCUUUUUACUACUAUGAAAACAGAAGAGUUGAAUCGCUAUCGAGAUACAUUACGAAGAGCAAUCUUACUUUUGAGUCCAAGGGGAGCACAAACCUUUAUCAAUGAGGCUGUGGAAACCAACUUGGCUUCAAAGGAUAGUCACUGGGUCUAUGUAAAUGAGGAAAUCAGCGACAAUGAAAUUUUAGAACUGGUACACAGUGCUCUUGGGAGGAUGACAGUCAUAAGACAGAUCUUUCCUCUUUCAAGAGAGAACAAUCAAAGAUGCAUGAAGAACAACCACAGAAUAUCAUCACUCCUCUGUGAUCCACAGGAAGGUUAUCUCCAGAUGCUUCAGGUCUCCAGCCUCUAUCUCUACGACAGUGUGCUCAUGUUGGCCAAUGCCUUUCACAGAAAGUUGGAGGACAGGAAGUGGCACAGCAUGGCAAGCUUGAAUUGCAUGAGGAAAUCUACUAAGCCUUGGAACGGAGGCCGUUCAAUGCUGGAGAGUAUUAAGAAGGGUCAUAUCACAGGACUCACAGGUGCUAUGGAAUUCAGAGAAGAUGGAGCCAACCCCUAUGUCCAAUUUGAAAUACUUGGAACCAGCUACAGUGAAACAUUCGGCAAAGAUGUGCGGAGGUUGGCAACAUGGGACUCUGAGAAGGGACUGAAUGGAAGUCUACAGGAACGGCGCUUGGGUAGUGACCUACAAGGAUUAACACUGAAAGUGGUGACUGUCUUGGAAGAGCCUUUUGUCAUGGUGGCUGAGAAUAUACUUGGGCAACCCAAGCGCUACAAAGGCUUUUCCAUUGAUGUCCUGGAUGCACUUUCAAAGAAUUUGGGAUUCAAGUAUGAGAUCUAUCAAUCUCCAGAUGGCAAGUAUGGGCAGCAGCUCCAUAACAGCUCCUGGAAUGGCAUGAUUGGAGAACUAAUUAACAAGAGAGCUGACCUGGCGAUCUCUGCCAUCACUAUAACUCCAGAACGGGAGAGUGUCGUAGACUUCAGCAAACGCUACAUGGAUUAUUCUGUUGGGAUCCUAAUCAAGAAGCCAGAAGAAAAGAUCAACAUCUUUUCGCUCUUUGCCCCUUUUGAUUUUGCGGUGUGGGCUUGCAUUGCAGCUGCUAUUCCUGUUGUUGGUGUUCUGAUCUUUGUGCUGAACCGAAUCCAAGCAGUAAGAGCCCAGAAUUCUGUUCAGUCUGGUGCCUCCACUUCCUCCACGCUUCACAGUGCCAUUUGGAUUGUGUAUGGAGCUUUUGUUCAACAAGGUGGUGAAUCUACAGUUAAUUCUGUGGCGAUGCGUAUUGUGAUGGGAAGUUGGUGGCUGUUCACUCUUAUUGUAUGUUCAUCCUAUACAGCCAACCUAGCAGCAUUUCUCACAGUAAACAGGAUGGAUAAUCCUAUAAGGACAUUUCAGGAUCUUUCCAAACAAAUGGAUAUGUCUUAUGGCACAGUCAGGGAUUCUGCUGUUUAUGAAUAUUUUAAAGCGAAAGGAACAAAUCCUUUAGAACAGGACAGUACCUUUGCUGAAUUGUGGAAGACAAUCAGUAAGAAUAAUGGAGCUGAUAACUGUGUGGCAAACCCCUCUGAAGGCAUCAGGAAGGCAAAGAAAGGCAACUAUGCAUUCUUGUGGGAUGUUGCAGUAGUGGAAUAUGCAGCAUUGACAGAUGAUGAAUGUUCUGUGACAGUCAUUGGAAACAGCAUCAGUAGCAAAGGAUAUGGAAUAGCACUCCAACAUGGCAGUCCAUACAGGGAUCUCUUCUCCCAAAGGAUUUUAGAAUUACAAGAAGCAGGAUACUUGGAUGUAUUUAAAGAGAAAUGGUGGCCUCGGAUGGGACGCUGCGACUUGAACAGCCAUACCAAUGCACAGACAGACGGGAAGGCCCUGAAGCUUCACAGUUUUGCAGGGGUCUUCUGCAUUUUGGCAGUAGGCCUGCUCUUGGCCUGUUUGGUGGCAGCCCUGGAGUUGUGGUGGAGCAGCAACCGUUGUCAUCAAGAAACACCAAAAGAGAGCAGAUACAGCCUGGGCAGCAGCAGCACUGCAAAUAUUCCCACAUUGCCCCACCAUUGUGCCUCAACUUUGCCAUGGAGAGACCAUCUUUAGGGCAGUUAAUAAGGAGCCCAGACGUGAGACGCUAUCAGUGAGAGGCCUCCAUGAAAGAUUGUCUGACACUCUGAACAUGUUUCACAAUUGCUGGGGAAACUGUUCGUAACAAUGGUCCUUUUUUACAAUGGAUUUUCUGCUACAAUCACACAGUAUUUCUUUUGUUGCAAUUGCCCCUUCAUCUUGUUAACAUCUCUGUUAAAGAUUUUGUUCACAGAUACAAACACAUCUUUUGAUUGCAAACGUUCUGUGAGACAACAAGCUGGCCUUUUGUGCCUUUAGUUUGCAAAGGUAUCCCGUACACUUAUUUUUCAUAAAGUAGUGUAACAUUUGAACAGAUAUUGUGAUGUAACAAUUUUAGGAAGACUGACUGCAAAGGAGGACAGGAGUUGUAAUUCCUUUGCCACUUGUGUAGAAUGGAGAUUAUCAGCAACUACGUCUACAGUCAUGCAGCUUGGCUAAGUAUUUUCCCCUUCCCAUCCCCAUCCCCUUCUGAAUAAUGAAAACAGCUCUCUUUUACAAUCAUCUUGAAAUGACAGUUUUAUUGCUCUUUAACAUCAGAGAGUGAGUCAUGUUUGCCUAACUGUUUCUUAUCAGACCAUUAAAAAAACAACCCAUACUCCUUGAAGAUGCCUCUUAGAUGCCUUCCAUGAAAGGACCAGCCAUGAGAUAAUGCUGCAGAAGUUGAAAUAGUGGCAUCUUGUCAUUGUCAGUGCCUUCACUCGUCUUCCUUGCAACCAAUAGUUUAUUGAAAUAAUUACACAAGCCUCCAGUUUUCAGAACAUUCAGUGGGAAGGUGUUGUAUUUUCCUGCAAUAUUGCUAUAUGCCCUUCUGGCAUUGUCAGAGAAUGAAAACCAUCCAUCCCACAAGGCCACUGGUUUAACACAUCUUGUGUAUUAUCACCUACAGAACAUCAGUGUGAAUUAUACCAUUGGAGAAUAAUUAUAUAUGUAUUCUAACCUACCUCAAAACAUUUGAAUUUAUAAAAGCACCUUUUAAAAUUUUCAUACAACAAGCUUAACAAAUAACAGACCUAUGUAAUACAUUCAUUGUUGGACAAUACCACUUUAGGUGGAAACGAUGGUACACCAGAAAUUGGAAAUGUUCCCUCUUGUCUUAACUAGCUUGCAUAUUUAACCUAUCAUGGUGGAAGCUAGGCACUUUCCCAGGCAUACUAGUUUUUUAUAUGCACAUAUUUCCUUUUCUUUCUUUUCUUUUAAUGUAGGGAAGCACUCACACAUUUGAGCUCCUGGCUGCAUGGAAGGUGUGUGUAAGUCUCAUGCUUCAAAACAUGUGACAACAACUCUGCAGCCUUGGGACUCUCAGUAAAACGUAAGAAAUAGAAUACCAUAACUACCAUAAAGACGAUUUCAAAAAUGCAAGUUUCCACAACAAAUAGAAAAGUCAACACACACACUAUUUUUUAAAAGUAUUUUUUCCCACUUGGUAAUGAAAAAGAACAGAAAUGAUGGAAGAUUUAUAGAUUAUAGAGACAUAUACUUGCUAAAUUGAUAAGAUGUGAAACGGUCCUUAUUAAGUGUGUUACAUUAGCAAUGCUGUUUUCUAUGGAAUCUAAAAUGGUACAGAGCAACUAGAGAGAUAUUACAUGGGAUGUUGAUUGUGUACCUUGGCUUUGAAGACCAACCCUAGAAACAUACAUUUCUUUGGAAAGGCAAAACAAUGGAAAGGCCUACAGGUAAUUGUGGUCGUUGUUUAGUGUGUAUCGUCAGGCCCUGUGACACAUAAGCAUGGAUUUCCUCCAAGAUACAAUUGAUAUAACUGGUACCUUUGCACACUUUCAGUAUAUGUUAGUUGAAAUGCUUUGGGACCAGAGUAUUUUUAGUACUUAAAAAUACAAUCUAGAUUAUUUUCUUUUUUGCAUUUCAUACUUUCCUACCAUCUGCCUUAGUUUCCUCCCCUCAGACACACUUUCAUGGUUAUUUCUUUUCAUGUUCUGUUCUCUGUUUCAUGUGAAUGAAAACACAAGAGAAUACAACUGUUAUAUUUUCCCCUUCAUUGUAUGUUUGUAUUUUAUGUUGCUUUUUAAAUUAUUUCUUACUGUAUUUCAAUCGCAUGUCUGAAAUCUGUGUACUUUUUUUUUGGCUAAAUGUUUUCCUAUAAAUAAUCACCUGUAUUGUAUUGUAUUCUAAUUUUCAAAGAUGAAAUAAACUGUUAUUUGGGAGCAGGAAAUAAACAAUCUUAU